UCGCAAUCAUUGGAUCUGGUUGCCGUCUAACGAAAACCAAGAUGCUAUAUUGUCCCACGUCGGCAGCGCCGCCGGAUAUUUCAGGAUUUUGCAGCUUGCUUCUCCCUUAUUUUGCCUUCGACGAGGGGGAGGCCAGGUUCGUGAAACCAUGGCCGACAAUCACGCCGAUGACUUGGACCAACUCCUCGAUAGUGCUUUGGAUGAUUUCCAGAACUUGAACGUCAGUUCUACCCUUCAAAGUUCUGGAGCAGGAACUGAGAAGAAACAGGAUUAUCCUCCUCUGCCUUCCGGAGUUCAAGGACUGGGCAUGGGUUUACCUGAUUUGAGAAGUAAGAAGGGAAAACAAAAGGUUUCCAAGGAUGCCCAUGUAUCGGAGGCGCUCGACAAACUCAGAGAGCAGACAGUUGAGGCUGUUAAGGGACUUGAAUUUGUGUCUGGGUCGAAGCCUGGUGAGGAUGAUUUGAGUAAGGAUCCAGUUGUGGACGAUUGGUUGAAGCAGUUUGAGGACCUUGCUGGGUCUCAGGACAUGGAUUCUAUCGUGGAGACCAUGAUGCAACAACUUCUAUCUAAGGAGAUUCUUCAUGAACCAAUGAAAGAGAUAGGUGAAAGAUAUCCAAAGUGGCUGGAAGAGCAUAAAAGUAGCCUAAGCAAAGAAGAAUCUGAACGUUAUUCACAACAGUAUGAGCUGAUACAGAAUCUUAAUGAAGUUUAUGAGAAAGAUCCUGGAAAUUUCAACAAGAUUUUUGAGCUCAUGCAGAAAAUGCAAGAAUGUGGACAGCCACCUAGUGACAUUGUUCAAGAGCUUGCUCCUGAUUUUGAUUUGAACAGUCUUGGCCAGCUAUCACCCGAAAUGCUCGAAUCUCAGCCAAACUGUUCUAUAAUGUGAAGGUCUAUGGGGCCUUGUAUCACGUCUAUGAUUAAUAGAUCCUUAAGGAUAUCGUUUAUCACUUUGUGAGGAAAAUUGGAUUGUUUUGCAGCAGAAGUUUUUUUCCACUAAGUUUUUGAAGUAAUGAGGAAAUCAUACUGUAGCCUCCUGUCAUUUUACAGUUUUAAGUUUACAUGGGCAUAGAAGGGGACAGGAUCAAAAAGGAACAGUUUCAGAGCGCUUGUAUAGAAUCAUUUUCUAUGAACCAAGGUGGUAAGUCUACAAAUAAUGGUCUCGAUUCUUUGAAAGUAUUGCCUUUUUAACUGAAA